GAACAGGUGAAGGAAAAAACAAUUUCUGUAAUAAUUCACAAAUUCUAAAUCUCACUUCACCUGUACUUAUACCUCAGUUUUGCUUCAAUCUAUCCGUCUAUCUACGCGUCGUGUCGAUCGUGUUUAUAUUAUAAACCCCCUCAAAAGCAUAAGAUUAAGGGAAACCGCUGGAUUGUUUGUUUGUUGACGGACUGGAAUUUGGGCAUCUAUUAUUAAGAUUCGGAUCGGAUUGGAUGAACUGGGUGGAAUUCGUUAAAAGGGAGGUUUGGUUGUAGUAUCCGUAUUUUUGAAUAUAUAAGCUUUUGAUUAAUUGGAUUGAUGGCAACUCCAGGGGGACCGAGGCCAGGGAAUUUUCCCCCUAACUACAACACUAAUUCACUUGCUAGUAAUAUGCAAAAUUUACAAAUUAAUCAGCAGCAAUCAAAUAAUCCUCGUAGUGGUGCCCCAAGACCUCCUAAUGCUUCACCACCUGGUCAACAGCCCCCACCUUUUGCAGGAAGCCGACCGCGCACACCCCCACCAGGUGUUUUUCCCAGGGGUGGUGGCGUGCUUCCUAGCGGUGCUCCACAAGCUACAUUGCCUCCGAACGUGGCAUCUACUAUGUUCACCGGCCCACCAUUUGUAUCUCAGCCUCCUCCCUCGUUCACUAUGAGAACUCCCCCUCCUGUGGCACUGGCAUCUUCUACUGGUGGUCCUGCUGUUCCCCCGCCUCCUGGUGCAGCUCCAUUAACAGGACCAGGUGCACGUCCUCGACCUUUUACUUCCGCCCCUCCGACAUCAGGUCCUCCAGUGACGCCUCAGAUGAGCACUUCUGGCCCAGUUAAUAAUGGACCGAGUGCAUUCUCUUCAUUGCCAAUGCAAGGUGGGCCACAUUUCCCUCCUGCCAUGGGUGGUACAUCACAACUGCCAGUUGGACCUCCGCAGUUGCCAACAUUGACGUCUUCUGGGUCAUCUGCUCAGCCUCUACAAAUGCGUCCAAACUUUGGGAGUCCACCUGCUGGUGCAUCACCUUUCACAGGACAACCUGCCCCACCAUUUUCAGCCCCACAACAAAACAUACCACCUCCUCCAGGUCCAUUGCCAUUUUCAGCACCAACUCAAAGCAUGCAUCAACCUUCAGGCUCUCCUUAUGGGAUGCAAACAUGGCCACUACAGCCAGGGCAGGUGGCUCCACAACCUCCAGUCCCUGGUCCUAUCCAACAGCAAAGGAUGUACGGAAUGCCGCCAGCCCCAGUGCAACUUCCUAAUCAAUCUAUGUCUUUGAGUCAUACAGGACAGUCGAAAAUUGAUCCCAAUCAAAUUCCUCGCCCGAUUAGAAGUUCCUCUGUGAUUAUACAUGAGACCCGCCAGGGAAAUCAGGCAAACCCCCCUCCGCCUGCAACAAGUGAUUACAUCAUCAAAGAUACUGGGAAUUGCAGUCCUCGUCACAUGAGAUGUACUAUUAAUCAGAUUCCAUGCACCGUAGACGUUUUAUCAACAUCUUCAAUGCAGUUGGCCUUGUUGGUCCAGCCUUUAGCUCUUCCCCAUCCAUCUGAGGAGCCUAUCCAAGUUGUGGAUUUUGGGGAAAGUGGUCCUGUUCGAUGUUCUCGUUGUAAAGGUUACAUAAAUCCUUUCAUGAAGUUUAUUGAUCAAGGCAGGCGUUUCAUUUGUAACCUGUGUGGAUUUACAGAUGAAACUCCACGUGACUAUCACUGCAACUUAGGUCCAGACGGUAGGCGUAGAGAUGCUGAUGAAAGACCUGAGCUAUGCAGAGGAACUGUUGAAUUUGUUGCUACCAAGGAAUACAUGGUGCGAGAACCAAUGCCGGCUGUAUUUUUCUUUCUUAUUGAUGUAUCCAUGAAUUCCAUACAGACUGGUGCAACUGCAGCAGCUUGCAGUGCAAUCAACCAAGUUAUAGAUGAUCUUCCUGAGGGUCCUCGGACGAUGGUGGGCAUUGCUACAUUUGACUCAAGCAUCCAUUUUUACAACCUAAAACGUGCAUUACAACAGCCAUUGAUGCUUAUAGUCCCUGAUGUACAAGAUGUCUAUACUCCUCUCCAAAGUGACGUUAUCGUUCAACUUUCUGAGUGUCGACAACAUUUAGAGCUUUUGCUGGAAAGCAUCCCAACUAUGUUUCAGAACAAUAGAACGACUGAUUCGGCUUUUGGUGCGGCAAUAAAGGCUGCUUUCUUGGCGAUGAAAGGUUCUGGCGGCAAACUCCUAGUUUUCCAAUCUGGUAACAUUCCAAAUAUGUUUUACUUAUUGAUGAUGUGUAGUUGUAGAAAGAAUGUGCUGACUGUUUGUGAUGUUACAGUCUUGUCGUCAAUUGGCAUUGGAUCCCUUUCUGCUAGAGAAGCUGAAGGAAGAAGCAAUAAAUCAGCAGGCGAAAAGGAGGCUCAGAAAUUACUCCAACCGGCAGAUAAAACUCUAAAAACAAUGGCCAUUGAAUUUGCUGAAUACCAGGUAUGUGUUGACUUGUUCAUCACAACGCAAACAUACGUAGAUAUCGCUUCCAUCUCUGUUGUCACAAAAACUACAGGAGGCCAGGUAUAUUAUUAUUACCCUUUCUCUGCUCUGUCUGAUCCUGCUAAGCUUUACAAUGAUCUUCGGUGGAAUGUCACGAGGCCUCAAGGCUUUGAGGCAGUGAUGCGAGUUAGAUGCAGCCAGGGUAUUCAAGUUCAGGAAUACUUUGGGAACUUCUGUAAACGCAUUCCAACAGAUGUUGAUCUACCUGCCAUUGACUGCGACAAAACAAUAAUGGUAACCUUAAAACAUGACGAUAAAUUGCAGGAAGGAUCAGAAUGUGCUUUUCAGUGUGCUCUUCUCUACACCACUGUAUAUGGGCAAAGAAGAAUCCGGGUUUCAACUUUGUCCCUUCCAUGCACCACAAUGCUGAGUAAUCUGUUUCGCUCUGCGGAUUUAGAUACCCAAUUUGCUUGUGUCCUGAAGCAAGUGGCUGGUGAAAUUCCCUCAGCUCCACUUACACAGGCCAGGGAGCAAGCAACAAAUGUUUGCAUCAACAUUCUGCACUCUUAUCGCAAAUUUUGCGCUACAGCGUCAUCUUCUGGACAACUCAUUCUUCCUGAGGCACUUAAACUAUUGCCUCUAUACACACUCGCUUUACUCAAAAGCAGUGGAUUGCGAGCUGAUGGAAGAGUCGAUGAUAGGUCCUAUUGGAUUAAUUAUGUUUCCCCUUUGUCUGCUACUUUGGCAAUCCCAUUGGUUUACCCCAGGAUGAUAACCAUCCAUGAUCUUGAUGAGAAGGAGUUGGAUGAUUCCCCGAUUCCUCCUCCUGUCCCACUUUCCAGUGAGGACAUUUCUGAUGAAGGAAUAUAUCUCCUUGAGAAUGGCGAAGAUUGUUUAAUUUAUGUUGGCAAUUCUGUCAAUCCGGAUAUUUUGCAUAAGUUGUUUGGCAUUUCUUCAGUUGAAGAAGUCCCUAAUCAGUAUGUACUGCAGCAAUAUGACAAUCCAUUGUCGAAGAAGCUGAAUUAUGUUGUAAAUGAGAUAAGGCGACAGAGAUGUUCCUACCUACGCGUAAAAUUGUGCAGAAAAGGGGAUCCAUCAGGGAUGUUGUUUUUCUCGUACAUGGUAGAGGACAAGACUCCAAGUGGGCUUUCAUAUGUUGAAUUUCUAGUGCAUAUCCAUAGGCAGAUUCAAAGUAAAAUGGCUUGAAGAUACACACUUCUUCUGUUUCGUUUACUAGUUUUAUUAUUUUUAGAGAAGGGAUGCACAUGGAUUCAAGAUCCAAGAAUCUGAAAUUGCAUGUUAAUCUGCAUUCUAAGGAGCUUUCACUUGUUAGUUUGUGGUGAAGAGCAGUGAAUCAAGACUUUAUUAGAGGUUAUAGUAGUUUUGAAGGUUCCCAUGCUUAGGUGAAUGUCAGUAAUAAAUUACAAAGAAUGUUUUUAUUUGUGUUUUAGAUUCAUAUCUGUCGUAUUUCAUUCAUUUUAAUUGUGUGAUUUAAGAUUGAAAUCCAUAGUCGACGACACUUCGGUUGACACUUUGGUUGUGGACGGAUAAUAUUGUAAGUGGACAAAAUUUUGUUUUGUAUGGCACAGUACUAACGUUGGUUUUGGGCUA